UUAAAAGAGUUAGAUGCACUAUUGUAAAGUGGUUGUUCCACUGGAUAUCAUAAGGUGAAUGCACAAAUUUGUAAGUCGCUCUGGAUAAGAGCGUCUGCUAAAUGACUUAAAUGUAAAUGUAAAUGUUGAAGGGGUGUCCAUAUACUUUUGUCCAUCAACUGAUAACUACCAUACUUGUCUCUGUAGUUUUCACAAGCUGUUAGUAAAAAAAGGUAAAUUCAUCAUUUUGUUGUCCUAAUUGAGUUACAAUUACUUACAUUUUUUAUUUAGUUGAGUAGGUCUUCAACAUCAGCCGAUAAAUCAGUGGAGCCAUUUAGUGUUACCUAACUACAUUUUAUGAGUAAUUUAUAAUGUUUUAAUUAUCAUGUAAUUGUUUAUAGUGGCACAUUCAGUCCAGCUUUAAAUGACGUUCAGUUUAUAAAGGCUUCAUAAAGCCUGGCACACGCACUAAAGUGAAGUCAUUUAUAGUCACAUUAAACCCAAUCUCAUUCCCAGACAAUUCCGCCCAAAUGCGCGGAAGAUCUGGUGCACCAACACAUCAAACUAUUUAGGACUUUGUGGCUGUCCUUAAUAAAUCAGCAGAAUGUUAGUAACCUAUGUAAUCUCCUGUAAUACUUUGUUUGAAGUGAGACACCUUCGGUCACUUAUAACACAUCCAUAAAGACACUAUAUCGCAUGAUGCUGUACUUACUUUAAAGUCAGACCCCUUAUGAAUGACAAAACGCAUGCAUAAAUGCCUUAUCAUAUAAAGUCAGACACCUUUGGUCAUUAUGAUGUAAACACAAAUGUAUUAACACUUGGAAUUAUCACUAAGAGCUAACAAGAAUAAACAUUAAAGACAUGUUUAAACCAUACAUUUCCUUUUGAUUUUUACAUUUUCACAACAAUACAAAUACAUUAAGUUUCAAAAAGUUCAGCAAUGUCAUUACAUUGAACAGUACACAGGGCUGUGAAUAGUGUAACUUUUCUCUGAGCUGGCGGACGAAUGUUCUUGCCUCUCUGCCUGCUGGAGGUACUGCAUGUUGGUUCCAACCUUAAAAGUAACAACAAAGAAAGUUAGCAGGUCUGUUAGGAAAUGCCUUUGUCACACCAUCUGGAUAGGGGCAUUUUUGUGCUGCCCAGAAAUACUCUAAAAAUGGGGAGAUAGGGAAACUCCAUUAGAUUCAUAUUAUCAUAUUAUUAUAUUCCUCUUUCAUUUACAAAUUUUAUGAUGUGAAUGACACUAGGCUGUAUAUGACACGAGGCUGUAUAUAUAUUCAUUUUUAUUUUGCUGAGCGUGCUAGCUAUCUAGCUAGCAAUUUCUAUGAAGUCCCCAAAAUUAUUUGAAUUAAAGAUUGAGUUAGCUAUGUAAUCUAACGCAACACUUAACUACUACAAACUAAUUUAAAUUACAAUAAAUAAAGGUGAACUUACUUGUUUUUUUUCUGUCCAGUGGCACUACAAGUGGGCAUUUGAUUUGCAAACUGUGACGAGUGUAGGGCAUGCACACUGAAUUAAAGGGCAACUACACUCAAGAACCAAGAAUCAAAGUUUCUUACAUUUUUCCCCGACCUCAAAAGUCGUCCUCUGAUGUGGUUUAAGCAUUGCUGUGAACACAGAAAACCAAAUGCUGUUGUUUUUCUGAUAAGGUUGAAGUCUGCACCCUCACAGAAAUAUAAUUAGCAUAAUAAAAACAUCCCCAUAAUAAUCUUUCAAGCUGAUGUUUUACGUGAUUCUGUCCAAUUGUGUUUUUUGUUUGUCAUUUAUUUUUUUAACUUAUGUUGUACAUAAUGUUACUGCUACCGUCUCUUAUGACCGAAAAUAACUUAUUGAAAUCAGAACUGCGAUUACUCACCACGAACUGGAAGAAUCCUUUUUUUACGUUAACGAAUCUGACGACGACAUUAUCAACAUACAGCUGGCUGGUUAUACACUAUAUCGGCAGGAUAAAACAGCGGCGUCUGGUAAGACAAGGGUGGGGGACUAUGUAUUUUUGUAAAUAACAGCUGGUGCAUGAUAUCUAAGGAAGUCUCGAAGGUUUUGCUUGCCUGAGGUAGAUUAUCUCAUGAUAAGCUGUAGACCACACUAUCUACCUAGAGAGUUUAUCUGUAUUUUUUUGUAGCUGAUAACAUACCACCACAGACUGAUGCUGGCCCUAAGAUCGCACUAAAUGAGCUGUAUUCCGCCAUAAACAAACAGGAAAACGCUCAACCAGAGGCGGCACUCCUAGUGGCCAGGGACUUUCAUGCAGGGAGACUUAAAUCGGUCUUACCAAAUUUCUAUCAGCAUGUUAAAUGUGCAACCAGAGGGAAAACAAACUCUGGAACACCUUUACUCCACACACAAAGACGCAUACAAAGCUCUCCCUCGCCCUUCAUUUGGCAAAUUUGACCAUAAUUCUAUCCUCCUGAUUCCCGCUUACAAGCAAAAAUUAAAGCAGGAAGCACCAGUGACGAAGUCAAUAAAAAAGUGGUCAGAUGAAGCAGCUGUUUUGCUAGCACAGACUGGAAUAUGUUCCGGGAUUCCUACGAUGGCAUUGAGGAGUACACCACAUCAGUCAUUGGCUUCAUCAAUAAGUGUAUCGAUGACGUUGUCCCCACAGUGACCGUACGUACAUACCACAACCAGAAGCUAUGGAUUACAGGCAACAUCCGCAUUGAGCUAAAGGCUAGAGCUGCAACUUUCAAGGAGCGGGACUCUAACCCGGAAGCUUAUAAGAAAUCCUGCUAUGUCCUCUGACGAACCAACAAACAGGCAAAGCGUCAAUACAGGACUAAGAUCGAAUCGUACUACACCGUCUCCGAUCCUCGUCGGAUGUGGCAGGGUUUACAAACCAUUACAGGCUACAAAGGGAAGCACAGCCGAGAGCUGCCCAGUGACACGAGCUUACCAGAUGAGCUAAACUACAUCUAUACGCCCUAGUAAGCAAAAAUAACACUGAAACAUGCAUGAGAGCACCAGCUGUUCCGGAAGACUGAUCACACUCUCUGCAGCCGAUGUGAGUAAGACCUUUAAACGGGUCAACAUUCACAAGGCCGCAGGGCCAGACGGAUUACCAGGACGUGUACUGCGAGCAUGCGCUGACCAAAUGGCAAGUGUUUUCACUGACAUUUUCAACCUCUCCCUGUCCGAGUCUGUAAUACCAACAUGUUUUAAGCAGACCACCAAGGUAACCUGCAUAAAUGACUAUGUGCUUUGAAAGGCUGGUCAUGGCUUACAUCAACACCAUUAUCCCAGGAACCCUAGACCCACUCCAAUUUUCAUACUGCCUUAAACUUCUUGCCACUAGGGGGGUGCUAUUUCGACAUAGCACAAAUGUGUACCCAAUGUAAACGGCCUCGUACUCAAUUCUUGCUCGUACAAUAUGCAUAUUAUUCUUACUAUUGGAUAGAAAACACUCUCUAGUUUCUAAAACCGUUAGAAUUAUGUCUGUGGGUGAACCAGAACUCUUUCUGCAGCGAAAUCCAUGACAGGAACUGCGAAGGUCUGAAUACGAAGCUAUGCUCUGAGAUCAGUUUUAAGCCCUGUAUGUAUCGUAUGGAUCGACAUGAACUGCACCCGCCUUCCCCUGGAUGUCAGUAACCAAUGAGAAGUGGAAUGGGGUCUCUACGUCAUUCUCAGAGUUUAUAAAUGGCCAAGGAGCGAGAGGACCUCUCUUUUCGACUUUUGCCGUUACGCAAAGCAGGACCUCAGCAUGGCAUUUUGGAACGCUCAGUUAUCGACCUUAAAUAUAUCCGUCUUUAAUUUGAUAUUGGUGUUAGAAACAUCAUAACGAAGUUAUUUUAAACCGAGUUAUAUCAUUUUAUGCGAGUAUAUUGCUAUUUUCGGAAUUUCCUUAGAAUUACGUUUUGGGGAUUUGGGCAUGCGUGACCACAUAGCUACUGUUAGCGGCUAAUUCCGAAGUUGAAGGCCGACGUUUUACAACCAAGCAAGGAUUCUUUUGGACAAAGGACCACUUGGCCAAGAUUCUGAUGGAAGCUCGUCCAAAAGUAAGAGCUAUUUAUGAUGUUAUUCCGUAUUUAUGUGUAAAAAUGUAAACAGAUUUGACCGCAAUUAUUUCGGGACUAGUCUGGCUGUAGCGCACACUGUAUGUCUUGUAACGUUGAUUUUAAAAAUCUAACUCAGCGAUUGCAUUAAGAACUCAUUUGUCUUUCAAUUGCUGUCCAACCUGUAUUUUUUUAGUCAAGUUUAUGAAUAGCUUUCGAUAAGAGUAGGUGCCUUUCCAAGAUGGCGCCGGCCAGAAUGCAUGCCCUGUUGCUACUGAUCACAUUGUAUAACCACGGUGUGUGAUGCUAAAUAUGCACAUUUUCGAACCAACUCUAUAUGAAUUGUGUAAUAUGAUGUUACAGGACUAUCAUCUGAAGAAUUCUGAGAAGGUUAGGGAAAAAAUUAAUAGCGUUUGGUGGUUUAUAACGUUAUUGCUAUUUUUGCCUUGAAUCAAUGCUGCCGUGUGACUGACUAUUGUACUAAGCUAAGAUAACGCUAUAUUGUGUUUUCGCUGCAAAACACUUAGAAAAUCUGACAUAUUGGCUAUAUUCACAUGAUCUGUGUCUUUCAUCUGCUGUACGCUGUGUAUUUUUAAGAAAUGUUUUAUGAUGAGUAAUUAGCUAAUACACGAUGGUCUCUAGUUAUUCUAGUCAUUUUAGUGAUAGUUGUGAUGGGGGCUGCAAUUGUAAACUAUGAUUUCUACCUGAAAUAUGUAAAUUUUUCUAACAAACCCUAUGCUAUACAAUAAAUAUGUUAUCAGACUGUCAUCUGAUGAGGUUUGUUUCUUGGUUAGUGGCUAUUUAUAUCUUUAUUUGGUCGAAUUUGUGAUAGCUACUGAUGCAGUAAGAAAAUGGUGGAGUAAGAAAAUUGUUGUAUUUUGCUAACGUGGUUAGCUAAUAGAUUUACAUAGUGUCUUCCCUGUAAAACAUUUUAAAAAUCAGAGAUGAUGGCUUGAAUCACAAGAUCUGUAUCUUUCAUUUGGUGUCUUGGACUUGUGAUUUCAUGAACAUUUUAUUUUAUGAUAUGCCUGUAACUUUAGGCUAGGCUAUGCUAGUCAGCUUUUGUGAUGGGGGGGAUCCCGGAUCCGGGUUAGGUAGGCGUUAGAGGUUAACAGAUCCACAGAUGAUGCAAUCAAAGAGGACCUAGCACGCCCCCAUUCUCAUCGACGGGGCUGCAGUGGAGCAGGUUGAGAGCUUCAAGUUCCUGGGGUCCACAUCACCAACAAACUAACAUGGUCAAAGCAUACCAAGACAGUUGUAAAGAGGGCACAACAAAACCUAUUCCCCCUCUGGAGAUUUGGCAUGGGUUCUCAGAUCCUCAAAAGGUUCUACAGCUGCAUCAUCGAGAGCAUCCUGACUGGUUGCAUCACUGCCUGGUACGGCAACUGCUCGGCCUCCGACCGCAAGGCACUACAGAGUGUAGAGCGUACUGCCCAGUACAUCACUGGGGCAAAGCUUCCUGCCAUCCAGGACAUCUAUACCAGGCGGAACAUCUAAUCAAAUGGCUACCCAGACUAUUUACAUCCCCCCUCCCUCUUUUACACCGCUGCUACUCUGUUAUCAUCUAUGCAUAGUCACUUUAAUAACUCUACCUACAUGUACAUAUUACCUCGACUAACCGGUGCCCCUGCACAUUUACUCUGUAUCGGUACCCCCCUGUACAUUGUCUCGCUAUUGUUAUUUUACUGCUGCUCUUUAAUUACUUGUUUUUUUCAUUGGAUGCAUCCGCUAAAUGUAUUUAUUUUUUUUAUUCAUAUUUUUUAACUGCAUUGAUGGUUAGGGGCUCAUAAGUAAGCAUUUCACUGUAAGGUGAAAUAUUCAGGAGCAUGUGACUAAUACAAUUUAAUAAAUCCGUUUUUUUCAUUGGAUGCAUCCGCUUAUGUCGCACUUUUGCAUCUGUGGUGAAAAGUGACAGAGCUAGAGUGGUGUUUGUCAGACCAUGAGACAUCCUAGAAAUCGGUCUUAUUUAUUUAUUAAAAUGAUUUGACCAGCCCACCCCAAUAAAAGAUGAUCUGGCCAAUCCGACUAUGUGUUCCACAGUUGAGAAAAAUUGUACUUUCCAAACUCAUUCUGCCACUGGAAACUCGCUCCCUGCCACUCCAGCAUACUUCAUUCUGAUGCAAAUACUAAGAAGGCUGAAGUUUUGAGGAGGAGGGGUGGUUGGGGGACUAGCGAAAAAAAGGGGAAUGCGAUUCAAGGAUUUCUUUGUGUGGGCCUCAAAGUAAAGCCCUAAUGUUCUCAGUGGAGUUGAAAACAACAACAGCAUGAGUGCUGCACUGGUGACAUGGCCCCUUCUCCAAUAGGUGCACCUUCUGUCUACCAUAGUUAUUGUGUGCCUUCUGGCAAACUGUGCGGCCAUGGAAUCCAGAAUAUUACAUUUUUGGAGUUGAGCCUUUACUUGUGGUGGUGGUGGAUACCAUGUACAAUGAGCCACCAGGUCAGGGGGAAGGAGCCACAGCCAACCACAACACCCUGACUGGUGAUGGAGUGAGUGGCUGUACUGGGGACUCUGGAGGAGUGUGUGGUGGGAUGUUGACUUGGAUCUAAGAGCUAAAAUGGUGACGCACUGUCGUAACAUUCCAACUUGCCUCUCUUGUCUGUCUGUAUGAGGGCUGUACACCGUGGCAUGUGGCUGGGAUUAGGACAUUUCCCUGUGGAUUAAAACCUUUGCAACGCCUACAUUGCAACUCACUCUGAGGAGUGUGAGGUCCCAGACUGAUCCUGUCUCUGCAGUUUGGCCCAUGGUUUCACUUAGCAGUGGAACUGCUGCCAGGGAUUAGUUUUGUGGAACAAUUAGAACCACAAAUGUACCCUCACCACUUUGUAGGCUCCAGGAUGUUCCAGUUCGUCCAGAGACACAUCCACGACCACCUGAUGGAGCGCAUAAUCCACCGGACUCGUCUGGUGACCAAAGAUGGCCGCUGCAACAUUGAGUUUGGUAACAUCGAGUACCACAACCAAUUUGCCUACCUGGGGGAUUUCUGGACGACGGUUGUGGAGAUCCGCUGGCGUUUUGUCCUCCUCCUCUUCGUCGCCUCCUUCACAGGCAGCUGGUUCGUCUUCAGCCUUCUGUGGUACUGGAUUGCCAAGAGCAAUGGUGAUCUGAUUGGACAGAACCGCACAGACAGCCACGUCCGUUGUAUAGACAAUGUCAAUGGACUCACCACGGCUUUCCUGUACUCCUUGGAGACCCAGACAACAAUUGGUUAUGGUGGACGGGCACUCACUGGGCACUGCCCUGCCACCGUGGCCCUCAUUGUUGUCCAAUCCCUCAUUGGCGUCUUUGUCAACUGCUUCAUGUGUGGGGUGAUCCUGGCCAAGAUCUCCCUUCCCAAGAAGAGGGCAAAGACAGUGACCUUCAGUAACACAGCGGUCAUCUGCCUGAAGAAGGGCAGCCUGUGCCUGCUUAUCCGAGUGGCCAACCUCCGCAAGACCUUGCUCAUCGGGAGCCAAAUCUACGGCAAGCUGCUUAGGACAACUGUCACGCCGGAAGGCGAGACUAUAAUUCUCGACCAGGUAGGCAUUGACUUUGCAGUGGACGCUGGCAAGGACAACCUGUUUUUUGUCUGCCCGCUGACAUUGUACCACAUCAUCGAUAAGGCCAGUCCGUUUUACGACAUGUCAGCGGACACGCUCCAGCAGCAGGACUUUGAGCUGGUGGUCUUCCUGGACGGGAUGGCCGAGUCCACCAGCUCCGCCUGCCAGGUACGGACCUCCUUCAUCCCCCAGGAGGUCCAAUGGGGAUACAGCUUCCUGCCCAUCAUCUCCCGCACCAAGACAGGCAAGUACCGUGUGGACUUCUCCAACUUCUCCAGAACCGUGCCGGUGACGACCCCACACUGUGUCCAAUGCUUUCAGAGUGAUCCAGACCAACGCAACCACAACAAUAACCAAAGCAACCACCAUAGGAAGCUAGGUAUUGACAACCCCGGAUUCGAGGUGAUUGACAUUCAAGACACAAUGGAUAUCACAAAAAUGUGAGCCGGAGGACAGAGGGUGAAAUUGAAAGUUUCCGCUGUAAACCACAGACUAACAGACAGCAGCCCCCAGGAUGUGGGACGUGGCUCGCCGAGAGAGAUGUGGAUUAAGCACUUGUUUAUGAGAGUAUUCAUGUCCUCUCUAUAGUCCGAUGUGGAUGACAGAAAGCUCACAUUGGAGUCAGGGGCUCAUAGUGAGUCAUAGACAAUGAGCAGGUAGCCCCAGUUCUAAUUACCAGUGAGCCAAAGAAUAAUGUACACCUUGGAUAUGGUGCAAAUCUUUACUUUGCUUCAUGUGAGCAUUGGGUAUUACAUUUGAGUUAAGACCGAACAACUCAGUAUUAUUUACGUCUAUGCCUUUAAAAGACAAAAUAUCAGCCUUUAUGUGUUGUUUAAAAAAAUGACAUUCAAUGCAAAAGACCGAAUAAAUCAAUGAUCCCUGGCUGGAAAAACAACAUUUACAGCAGAGCUGAAAAAAGACAUUGCUAUGUGUUGAGAGGUUCGCUCUUGUCAAUGUUGAACUGGUGUUUUCAAGCUCCGGUAGGAGCUAAACUGUUGAUAAGAACAGCUCAUUACACUCAAAGCACCUUUGUGACAUACAAAGAGUAACUAUUGUACUAGGUACAGUAACUAUUAAAAAGGGCUUUGGUCAUGACCUGAAGGAGAGAGUGGGAGAGAGAGUAAAGCACAGGGGGUAUUCAUGAGAAGCUUAUGACCUGAGCCUGUUUUAAUGAAAUAUGUCAGGGAUGGAGGAAUAACAAUAGGGUAGAACUUGCUUCCCUAGAGUCUUUACAUAGUCUUUUUCUUAACUGGAAUGACAGAGUACAUAGUAUGUGCCAUAACAGAUUCAUCACGUAUGCCUUAAUUCCUUUAGAAUACUGUGAAUAGCUGCUAAUUGCACUGACUGGGAAUAUUAAUGUGACUAAUCUACAUUUUGUAGAUGUCUUAUUUUGUAAUAUUGAGUUACUUGUUCUCAGGGAAUGCAGCAUUCCUGUUUAGAAUAAAUACAUGUUUUUUGACAA